AUGGUUACGGUGCCGACCAACGGAGGGUGCAGCGGUGAUGGAUGGAAAUUGCCCAAGCAAUAUCACAGUAAACGUAUCAAAUAUCGAGGUCAAAGCAGGAAGAGUUUAUCACACCUGUUGUGUGGGCGUGAAGAAUAUGAAAAGACGCAGACAAUAUCAGGGCAGUCUGUUAUUCAACGUCAUGUCAAUGCAUUUAUAGAGAAAGUGAAAUUCAAUUUGAUCUAUGCGACAAAGGAUGCUAAAUUGUUGAUGAUCAGAAAGUUAAAGGGAAAGCAGUUGAUUUGGACAACAAGAACUGAAGCAUUUCAAAGAGGACAUGGAAUCAACUUCAUUGGCCCAAAUCCUGACAACAUUCGUGUGAUGCGGGACAAAGCAACUGCUAGAGAUACCAUGAAGAAUGCUGCUGUUCCAUGUGUACGUGGAGGUGAAGAGCAAAGAGGAAGGCAUCAUGAUCUGCACCCCACCGCCUUACUACUUCCUUCUUUCUCUCUCUGUCUCUCUCUCGCCAAGAAAUCCGCUUCUCCACUAUUGAUUUGCCGCCCAGAUAUAACUGGACAACUUUUAGGAAUCUUUCGGGAAUCUCUUUUGGCAUCGUUUUGGCUUUUACUUUGUUUUUUAGGAAAAGGACAAGAAAUUAAAGUCUGUGAAAAGGCAACAAAUGACACACCUUCGGGGAACAAAAAUGGCUGAAAGCCUUCUUUGGUUUCUGUAUUACUUUGACAUGGAUGAAGCUGACUUGAUUGAACGAUUUGUUUCUUAGCUUAAAUUUUUUUCAUGUACAUCAUAUGUCUUGUAUUGUAUUGUGUUGUAAAAAGUAAAAUCAUCUCAUUUUUGUUGCAUUUUAUGGUGUCAUGUGAUAAAACUGCUAUUACAAAGUAUCAGGUCGACCAAAGCAACAAUUCGAGAAGGUAUGGAGAGGAGAAAAACCUGAAUGCAUGACAGUUACAUGCGGAAUCUAUGUUGCAAGCAUGACAACUUAACAAUCUGUUUAAGUACUUAAUCAAUAACCUUUUUUACAACGGAAUACAUUCUAACCCCCGCAACGCGGGGGGAAACUUUCCUAGUUGGAACUACAUGUGGAUUGAACGACAAUUAAGAUGAAAAAACUUGGUGUAUGCAUUGAUUAGGAUGAAAUUGUAAAUGUAAAUGUCACUAAAUGCUUAAACUGCAUCGAUGGCUUUAGUAGAUUUAGAUUUGGUUAUAAUAAAACUGUGGGGGUUUUAUAU